CCAAGAGGCUGUGACUAACAUGCAGAGGCACUAAUGAAGUUACAGCAUGAUUGGUGUUCCAAUCAAAAAGCAGAUGUUGCAUUUAUUUGAACAAAAAGCGGGAUUUUAAGCACCUAAACAACAAUGUGGACUUUAUUGGCUGAGCUGCUGCUUCUCCUGCUGAUUUGCAGAAGACAAGUUCAUGCUGUGUCAUUCUAUGGCGAUAGCUCCAUCCAGCUGCACACAGGAGAGGCAUCCUUCCAAACAUCGCUCCGUGUGCAGUUUAGAACUUCUAGCCAACAAGGCCUGUUAUUUUUGGCAGUGGGGCCCAGAGACUUCCUGCUCUUGGAGCUGACCUCCGGGUUCCUACAGGUCUGUGUGGACCUCGGCUCAGGUGAGCAGUCCCUGCGCUCAGAAAGGGACACCAACCUCAGUGACCUGGCAUGGCACUUCGUAGAGGUCACCCUCAAGCAUCAUCAUGUCUCCAUGACUGUGGACCAAAACUCUCACACCACAAUCCGUAUACCAGGACCUGAUCUGGAGCUCAGUAUAGAUGCCCUUUUUGUUGGUGGAGCAUCAGGACUUAACCAUCCGCACCUUGUCAACAUCUCUACCGGGUUUAGAGGUUGCUUAGAUGAAGCGAUUUACAAUGAACUCAACCUGCUGUCCAGCCUCAAGUCUACUUCUGUCUACGGCAGCAACCGUGAGGUGUCUUUGGGGUGUAAUGAGCUGUUUUCAGCAACAGAAGAUGAAUCGGUCCAUUUCUUCAGCUAUGAAGCAUUCAUCUCUCUUCCACCGUGGGAGAUGCAACACAAAGGGGUGUUUGAGUGUAAACUGCACCCCUCCGGGAAAGAUUAUGAUGGUAUAGUCCUGUACAGCGCUGGUAUCCAAGGUCAUGUUGUGCUAGAGAUGAGCGGUGGUCACCUGGUGGCAACCAUUGGAACUGCGAAGGGGAGUAAGAUUGAGUUGCGUUCCCGUACACACCUCGACAGCAACCUAACAUGGUAUCCCGUCCAGUUACAUCUACUGCCCUACACUGUCCAGCUGAAGGUAGGUGAAGAGGUGCUACAGGCCAGUCUAGGGUUGCAGAACAUCCAGCUCAAAGGACCGCUCUUUCUGGGGGGGUUGAAUGAACCAGAAUGGGAAGAAGAAAAGCAACCAGAAUUGAUGUCUUUCAAAACCCGGGGGAAACUCGUUGACAGUGGAGGCUCCUUCAGAGGUUGCCUCAGAGAAAUAAAAGUAAAUGCUCAAAGAACUGGACUCCCUCAGGCUGUUGUCUCCAAGGACAUCACCCUGGGCUGCAAGACAGCCCCGCCUUCCGAGGCGAUGUCCCCCACCAGCUCUGCAUUUAUUCCUGAGUUUGACAUUAGCAAUGACUCCAACGUCCUGAUGUUGAGAAGGCUUGAGGUAGAAGAAGGAAGUCGGGCACCAUUGGAGCCCAAACACAUUAAGGUGAAUGUUGAUCUCCCAAAGUUGGGCUUGCAUCCAUCUGAGUUCAUGUUCCGCAUUGAGGAGCGGCCAGUCCAUGGCCACCUGCAUCUCGACCCCAGCCCUGGUCCUAAAGCGGAGUUGAUCCCAACUGCAGCAGAGGAGGCAGACUUGGCUUUUAGCAUGCUUGACCUCUGGCAGGGUCGGGUGACAUAUGUUCACAGCGGCUCAGAGAGUCAGCAUGACUAUUUGAUGUUUUCCAUCUACUCCAGCUACACGAAAGAACUUCCUGCAUUACUUACGGAGCACCGGUUGUACCGCUUUGAUAUCAGCAUCAGUCCCGUUAAUGACGCGCCUGUGCUCAGCCUGCCACAGGGAAAUGUUUUUACUCUACUCCAAAACUCCAAACGACAGUUGACAACAGAUGUGUUGAGAGCAUCAGAUCCCGAUAGCAGUCAUGCUGACUUGGUAUUCAGCUCCAUGGGAAACCUGGUCAAUGACGCUGGACACCUCGAACACAGGGAUCAGCCCGGCAGGCCCAUCAAAGUUUUCUCUCUGCAUGAUCUGGAGGAAGGGAAGAUCAGCUUUGUCCACACUGGGGUUUCCACCACGAGACUGGCGCUCAGAGUGAGCGAUGGGCAAAUGGUCAGCAACCCGGUCAUUUUGAGGAUUCUGGCAGUGGAGCUUGAACACAAACUCGUGAACAACUCCGGGCUGGAGGUGAACCAGGGUGGAGCGUCAGUCAUCACCACCAAUCAUCUUGCAGUACAAACUAAUGUGGUAGAUCAACCAGUGGAUAUUCGCUAUGAUGUCACAGAGCUGCCGCAGUACGGUGAACUCCAACGUCUACACUCAAGUGGUGAAUGGAAACCCACAUCUUUCUUUUCUCAAAGACUUCUUGAAAAAGAACGGAUCAGAUACCUGAGCACUUGUCGUGUCAGCCCAAGUCAGAAUGUCACUGACCAGUUCAAAUGCAAAGUCAGUGUUGGCUCUCUUGCAACAGAGACAGAACUUGUUUUUCCCAUUGUGGUACGAUGGAUCCAUUAUAAGGUCACAAGGAGCAAGAUGGAGGUCAACGGUGUUUUGAAAGUAGUUGUCACUCCGGAAAACCUCCGUGUCAUCAGUAAGAGUGUCAAACUCAACGACAGCGACAUCUACUUCAGACUCCUAACAGAACCCAAAAAGGGUCAACUUUUCCUCAUUGACAAAGUUCUAAAAAUAAACUCAACCUUCAGCCAGAAGAAUAUCACAGAUGGCUUGGUGACGUAUGAGCUGUUCACCAGACUGCCCGUUGACACAAGAGACAUUUGCAGCUUCCAGGCCUUUUCCACGCACGCUAGCUCAACGAGUCACGAUUUCAGAAUAAACAUCAGAAGCGAGUCGACCGACUUCACCGUCUUAAACAAAGGACUUUCAGUUGUGGAAGGAGGGACAAAAAUCAUCACGAAAAGCAUCCUAUUCACCCACAUAGCGAGCAACUGCGAGAUUCACUACAGCAUCACAAUGCAACCACAGCAUGGUCAGAUACGGAGAAUCAACCUCUCAAACUCGACCUCCAUCAACGACAACAUUGUCAUCUUCACCAAUCAGGAUAUCAUUGAGGAAAGGGUGAUGUAUGUCCAUGAUGACAGCGAGACAAAGCAAGAUUCUUUUACCUUUCAAAUUCUGGUUUAUAAACCAACCAAACCCAGCGGCAGGAAGGAAGACCGAAACCCACUCGAACACACCUUGAACAUUUCCAUCCAACUCAUCAACGAUGAGCGACCAGUCAGAGUUGUUGACAAAGUAUUCCAUGUGGCCAGAGACGGGCGAAGGUUGGUGACCUUGAAUGAUCUUUGCUACAGAGACGACGACUCAGACUUUGAGGACGACUGGUUGGUCUACACUCGAAGAGGGAUUCCGAUGGGGGAGCUGGUCCUGGCCAGUGCGCCCGAUCACAAACUGUACGAGUUCACACAGCGAGAUCUCAAACAGAAAAAGGUGCUGUUUGUACACAGUGGAGUCAGUUUUGGACGUUUUGUGCUUUUCGUAUCAGAUGGGAAACAUUAUGUUUCUACCUUGAUGGAGGUUAAGGCACAGGAUCCUUACAUUGAAGUGACAAACAACACAGGCCUCAUGGUCCAGCAAGGUGGGAUAACAACUCUAACCUCUUAUAACCUCAGCGUCCUCAGCAACCUGGACAUUCGGGAUCCACAGCAACUUACAUAUGAGGUCUUCCUUCCGCCGAAACAUGGUGUCCUCUUCAUGAACGAUGGUGAAUCUGCAGCAGAGGCAGGCGCUGUUUCGUUAUUCACCCAGGAAGAUCUGGUAGCAGAGCGCCUGAGCUAUCACCACAACGGCAGUCACGAAUUGUCAGAUGGGUUUAAUGUCACAGCGAGAGCAAGGGAGAAAAGCGGAAAGGGGCAGUCAGAUGAUUGGAGGAGGGAGGUGUAUUUAGACAUUGGCUUUCAAAUAAAAAUUUACCUUGAGAGUCAUCAGAGGCCACCAAGAGUCAUCAAUAAUCGUCCAGUGGUCGUGAUGGAAGGGCACAAUAUCUCCUUAAACAAGAACCACUUAGAGGUGGUCCAUACAGACAGCAAGCCCUCAGAGAUAGUCUUCACCAUCCAAAGCCCACCAGAUCUGGGCUUGAUCGAGAUAUUUUCCUCGGAGAAAAAGCAGCGAACAAAGAAUGGAGGACAGCAGCAUCUCAUCCAGCAUUCACAGAAGCUCAGAUGGAAGCCAACAACCUCAUUCACUCAGGAGGACAUCAACAACGGUGUGGUCAUCUACUACCAGCAGACAUCAGGAAGAACCAAUGAUUCCGCUCUGUUGGAGGCCACUAAUGGGGUCACCAAGGUUGGACCCAUUAAACUGGAGAUUGAUAUUAUUCCCACGCUGCUGCCUCUACAAGUUUCUGACUUGACCUUGGACGAGGGGUCAUCCCUGCCGCUGACGCCUGACACAAUCAAAGUUAAUAGUCAUCACUUCUUCGGGAUGAAUUUCCUGUAUCAGAUUGUUGUUCCACCACGACACGGUCACUUGGAGCACAGUCGGAUCCCAGGGAUUCCCAUCGCGGCUUUCACACACACCGAGGUGGAGCGUGAAUACAUUUCCUAUAUCCAUGACGGAAGUGACACAGUCAGAGACAACUUCACCAUCAUUGCUAAUCAGACAGAGAACCAGAAGUACAGUCUGCCGUGUACUGUGCACAUCAAUGUCACGCCUGUUAAUGAUGAGACUCCCGUUGUUACAACCAACAAGGGUCUGAAGAUUUGGGUGGGUUCGAUGACAGAAAUCACAGUGGACGAUCUCAGUGCUGAGGAUUCCGACACUCCACCUGACAGGCUCGAGUUCAUCGUCACACCGCCCAGUAACGGCUACCUGGCUUUGAAGAGUGCCCCCUCCAGACCCAUCCUGAACUUCACGCAGAGUCACAUUGAAAGAGGCCAGCUGCUGUUUGCACACAACGGUGCUGUGUCUGGUGGAUUCCACUUUCAGGUGAAUGACGGCGUGAACUAUGCCCCUCGGCAGAUCUUCAGCACGACAGCUCAUUCUUUGGUUCUUACAAUACAGAGAAACCAUCCAUUGGAGGUGUACCCAGGGUCUGUGACAACAAUAACAGAGCAGGAGCUUCAGGUGGUAACCAACGACCCCUCUGACAUGGCAAGAAAUGACACUGUGGUGUUUACAGUCACCGUUCCUCCAAAAUAUGGCCGCUUGGUCCGUCAUAUGCCAGACAACUCUACUCAGGAUAUCUCUACGUUCACACAGGGCAUGGUGAACUUGGGGGUUGUCUCGUACGAUCAGAACAAGACUGAGUCAGUGGGAUGGUUGGCUGCAGACACGUUUUCUUUCACCGUGUCGUCUCCUCCCGCCUUCCUCCCACCAAACACCUUCACCAUCUUGAUCUCCUACCAGGCGAACAAACAUCAUCACGAUCAUCAACACGAUAGCAGACUUCUCAACAAUGCAGGCGCUGUGCUGGCAGAAGGCGGAAGGGUUACAAUUGACCGAUCUAAACUUGAUGCCUCCAAUCUCCUCGGGAAAGUACCCAAACCCUUUCAGAAAGACCAUCAUGUUGUUUACCGUGUGACUGAUCUGCCGCGCCACGGCGUUUUGGCUAUCCAAGGCCGCAACCUCAGCAGGGACCAACCAGAUUUUUCACAGAUUACAUUGAACAAGUUUGGCAUUACUUACAUCCACGAUGACUCUGAGACCACAAGUGACAGCUUCACUUUCCGGGCUUGGGUGGCUCCUUUGGAUGCCUUCUCCUCGUCAUCGCCGUUCUAUUCAGCUUCCUCCUCUCUUUCCUCAUUUGACUUGGUGCCUCAUCGCCACGUCAAGGAAAGCCUGGCUGUCAUAGAGACAUUUAACAUUACGGUCACCCCGGUCAACGACCAUCCGCCACUGAUUAGGAGUAGAUCCCCGAGUAUGAAGGUUGUUGUUGGAGAGAAAGUAGUUCUUGGACCAGACAAUCUGCAGGUUGAAGAUCAUGACACCCCUCCAGAGGAGCUGCACUACCUUGUAAUCAGUAAGCCCAACAACGGCUACCUGACGCUGGGUGAAAGGCCAGAACCAGUGACGUCUUUCACACAAUAUGACGUCAACCACGGCCGGCUGCAUUUUAUACAGCAGGGCGAACCCUCAACGGGAGUUUUCUACUUUAAUGUAACGGAUGGUUAUCAUCGGCCGCUCUACAAACUGUUCAGUUUGGAGGUGAUUAAACCCUCGGUGUCCAUAGUGAACAACACCGGCCUGUCAUUGGUUCAAGGCAGAACUGCUGUAAUCCUGACAACCAACCAGCUCGCAGCUCAAACAAACAGUCAAAGUCAGGCCAACAUCACCUACACAGUCACUACCCACCCUCGUCAUGGACGCAUUGCCAUAAACGACCAAGAAGUCAUGGCCUUCUGCCAUGAGGAUCUCCAAUAUGGCCGUGUUGUCUAUCACAUGACUGAUCUCAGUGAAUCAGAGGACAGCUUUCAAAUCUCAGUCUCGGCCUCGGCACCGGGUGUCGAGUAUGGAAACGUGACCUCACAGACAGUGAGGGUAGUAGUGCGACCUCUCAUCUAUCUGCGGGAACCAGUGAGAGUCCCCAGCGGCAUCGCAGUGAAACUUGGGAAAGCCAUGAUGGACGCCUCCGAGCUGGCGAGAAUCAGCAGAGCCGACCCGCUCUUUGAGGUUCUGUCUCCACCAAAACAUGGCAAACUAGUCAAGAUGACCUACGAUCCCAUCCGAGCAUCAGAGGUCCUGAAGUCCUUCACAUUUCGUGACGUGGUACAAGGCCGCGUAGCCAUCGAGGAGACUCUGAGUAACAGUGACAAUCAACUCCAAAGUAACGAUUCGGAGCUCACGACAGCCCAAGGCCACGCCCCCGCUACACCUCUCAACGAUUCUUUUGUCUUUAUGCUGAAGGCUGGGAAUGUCCAACCAGCAAAAGGUGAGCUUCACUUUACCAUCUUACCUCACCAUCAGAUGCGUCACAGCCCCACUGGUGUGAAUAAAGCAGACGUAGCCAGCAGCGAACACAAGACCACCACCCGCCUGCCGACACGCAGCAAGACCACCGCUGGAGCAGUGAAAGGAGGGGGGCGAAAGGGAGCCGCAACAUCCGGCAGGGUAGAAUUGGGGUUGCACCCUCACAUUCUAACACUGAGGACCCACAAUAAGACACAUCAUAAAGUGAGGCCUCAUACCCGCAUAGCAAACCACACACGCGGUGGGAAUCAUGGCGGUCGGUCAGGAGGCGCCCCAAAGCCUCACCCUCCAUCCGAGCCAGAACCUGGCCAAACUCCGCCUCCUGACGCCCAUCCGGUUCAUGUGGAGGUCCUCCCUCGGCCUGCCUCGGACCCUCUGCUCAUAAUCCUGCCUCUGCUGGCAUGUCUGCUCCUCAUCGUGAUCCUGGUGGUGUUGAUCCUGGUGUUCCGACACCGCAAGGAGAAGCAGGCCAGGAUGCGUCUCUUGCAGGAGCUUGGUGCCGUGCAGUUACCCGCUGAGGGCAGUCCAUACUUGGGCCUGCCAGAGAGAAGCGUGGCCAUGCCCUCUGUGGUGGUCACACCGCUUGGCGCCGCCAGCUGUCCCGCCUCUCCCAGGGCACCGGAAGGCCCCAGGAGGCGGAGUCUGGCUCCUGGAAUGACCUUCUGGGGGCCAUUUGAAGCGGAGCCUACAAGUAGCGAUGACAAUAUUCAAGGUUGUGAAAGAGUUAUUGGUAGAAAUUCAUUACCCGCCAUCUCCAUAGAAUUUAUGUCCUCUCGCAGAUCUAAGUCUCCCACGCUGAAAGACAACCAGUAUUGGGUUUGAUUCCUCAACCUCCAAUACAAACUGUGCCUUAUACCGAUGUAUUUACUGGCACAUAUACUAUGAAGAACUUCAAUUUAACCCUAAUAAUUUAAUAAUGUAACCACAUUAUAAGAAACUCAACAGUUUUAAUAUCAUUGUAUUGAAGCUCAAUUUUUCUCCAUUUUCUGGGGCCCCAUGGAGGCCAGGGCACCCUUAGCCCAGCUGGCGAUGGGUAAAUAAAUACAAUUAUUACAGUGUCAAUCAAAGGGGGGAUGAAUAUUUUUCUAAAGGCAGAAUUUGCACUGGAUCUCAUUUGAAUGAAAGUCCACAGAGUGUAUCUCUAAAUGAGAAAUGUGGUAAUACACAGUACAUGGGAGCAAUUAUUUUAUUUUGUUUGUUAUUUCAAGCAGAACUUUUUCAAUGUCCAUUCUUGUAUUUAUUAUUGUACGUAUUCAAUUUAACUGCUUCCAUUUCGUAGAAUUGCUCUUUGUAACAAAUAUGUGAAAUACAUGUAUUUGCUGUACAUUGGCUGUUGCUUAGUAGUGUUAAUAUGACGAGUUGACAAUGGCCAUUUUACACUGAGUUCUUUCAGUGUUUUUUUCAUUUGGUAUGAUAGCAUAAGGUUGCAAGUGGCUCUACUAGUAGUUCAAUCUGUUUUAAGACUUUCUUCAAGUGUCUCCCUUACCAUGCACUGGAAAAUAAUGCAUUUUGUCAAUAAAAGCCACAAAAAUUGAACGCGCACAUGCUUGACAUGAUACAAAUAAAAAUGGUGUGGUUUUGUUGAGCCUGCCCUCAGCAGGACUUGUCAGACUCAAGGAACAAUUUUGAUGACUUUGACUUGACAAUAUCAUCAAAGACUUGCUGCUCACCUUCCUUGGACUUCUGACAUGAAUGACUCGGGACUGGACUUAGUUUGGAGAAAAGUUUCUUUAACUUUCUGUAUUGUGGUAAUGAAAUCAAAAUAGAAAUUGAUGGCAAGAACAAGUCAACAAACUGAUUUUCGACCCUCACCCAAUCCAGUUAAACUGAAUAUUUUGGAAUAGACUUUUAUUGUGGCCAGCCUAAGGCACACCUGUGCAAUAAUCAUGCUGUCUAAUAAGCAUCUUGACAUGCCGGUGUUGCCUUUAUAUUUUUAGUUGAGUGUAAAUAAAUAUUGUCAGCUUGUCAAGAGUAUUUGAAUUCAGCGGAGCAUGACG